ACCCAAAGGCCAAACUUUACACAACAUUUACGAGCCUGUCUCAAAACUCCCAAAGUACCUGUUGACUUCAUUCCUGGUUUUAUUUCGGGACGCAUAUACUUUUGUUUAUGCGUUUUCAAUAGAUUUAUUUCGCAACGCAGAGGAAGUACAAUCCUGAUCUCCAUAUUUCCUUAGUUGGAACAACUCGACGGAGUGCGAGAGAAAGGGGGAGAGCGAAAGGAAAACUUUUGCGGAAUUUAGCCACCAUUCCUCCAUUUUGAAGCGCUCGUAUUACAGUUUCCAAGUGAACUGCUUUGGAGCCAGUGAGGAAGAUGACGAGCAUUAACACUGCCAACAUCAACUUCCAAUGGGACCCCAAGAGUCUGGAGAUCCGCACCCUGGCUGUGGAGAGACUGCUGGAGCCGCUGGUCACUCAGGUCACCACCCUGGUGAACUCCAGCAACAAGGGCCCCUCCAAUAAGAAGAAGGGGCGGUCCAAGAAGGCCCACGUCCUGGCCGCCUCGGUGGAAACGGCCACCCAGAACUUCCUGGAGAAGGGCGACAACAUCGCCAAGGAGAGCCAGUUCCUGAAGGAGGAGCUGACCGCCGCCGUGGAAGACGUGCGCAAGCAAGGCGAUUCCAUGAAGACGGCGUCGACCGAGUUCGCCGAGGACCCCUGCUCCUCGGUGAAGAGGGGGAACAUGGUCCGCGCCGCACGCGCCCUGCUGUCCGCCGUCACCCACCUGCUGGUGCUCGCUGACAUGGCCGACGUCUACAGGCUGCUGCUGCAGCUGAAGCUGGUGGAGGAGAACCUGGUGAAGGUCCGUAACGCCGGGACCGAGCAGGACCUGGGCAUCCAGUACAAGGCCCUGAAGCCAGAGGUGGACAAGCUCAACAUGAUGGCGGCCAAGAGGCAGCAGGAGCUGAAGGACGUCCACCAUAAGGACCAGAUGGCGGCGGCGCGCGGCGUGCUCCAGCGGAACGUGCCCAUGCUGUACACGGCCUCCCGCGCCUGCCUGCAGCACCCCGACGUGGCGGCCUACAAGGCCAACCGGGACCUGAUCUACAAGCAGCUGCAGCACGCCGUGUCCGGCAUCUCCAACGCCGCCCAGGCCACCGCCUCCGAGGACGCCGCCCUCAACCAGGGCCCCGGCGGGGGAGAGCUGGCCUACGCCCUCAACAACUUCGACAAGCAGAUCAUCGUGGACCCGGCGAGCUUCAGCGAGGACCGCUUCCGGCCCUCCCUGGAGGAGCGUCUGGAGAGCAUCAUCAGCGGGGCGGCCCUGAUGGCCGACUCGUCCUGCACCCGCGACGACCGCAGGGAGCGCAUCGUGGCCGAGUGCAACUCUGUGCGCCAGGCCCUGCAGGACCUGCUGUCUGAGUACAUGGGCAACGCGGGCCGGAAGGACCGCAGCGACGCCCUCAACACCGCCAUCGACAGGAUGACCAAGAAGACCCGCGACCUGCGCAGACAGCUGCGUAAGGCAGUGAUGGACCACGUGUCGGACUCCUUCCUGGAGACCAACGUGCCGCUGCUGGUGCUGAUCGAGGCGGCCAAGAACGGCAACGAGAAGGAGGUGAAGGAGUACGCCCAGGUGUUCCGCGAGCACGCCAACAAGCUCAUCGAGGUGGCUAACCUAGCCUGCUCCAUCUCCAACAACGACGAAGGCGUGAAGCUGGUCCGCAUGGCUGCCUCCCAGCUGGAGACACUCUGCCCCCAGGUGAUUAACGCGGCCCUGGCCCUGGCCGCUAAGCCCAACAGUAAGGUGGCUCUGGACAACAUGGACCUGUUCAAGGACCAAUGGGAGAAGCAAGUGCACGUGCUCACCGACGCCGUCGAUGACAUCACCUCCAUCGACGACUUCCUGUGCGUUUCGGAGAACCACAUCCUGGAGGACGUGAACAAGUGCGUGAUCGCGCUGCAGGAGAAGGACGUGGACGGUCUGGACCGCACGGCCGGGGCCAUCCGCGGUCGAGCCGCCCGCGUGGUCCACGUGGUCACCUCCGAGAUGGACAACUACGAGCCCGGCGUCUACACCGAGAAGGUUCUGGAAGCCACCAAGCUCCUGACCGACACGGUGAUGCCCCGCUUCACCGAACAAGUGGAGGCUGCAGUAGAGGCCCUGAGUGCCAACCCCACCCUGCCCGUGGACGAGAACGAGUUCAUCGACGCCUCGCGGCUGGUGUACGACGGCGUGAGAGACAUCCGCAAGGCCGUGCUGAUGAUCAGGACCCCGGAGGAGCUGGACGACUCCGACUUCGAGACCGAGGACUUCGACGUCCGCAGCAGGACCAGCGUGCAGACGGAGGACGACCAGCUCAUCGUCGGGAAGAGCGCUCGGGCCAUCAUGGCUGAGCUUCCCCAGGAGGAGAAGGCGAAGAUCGCCGAGCAAGUGGCCAGCUUCCAGGAGGAGAAGAGCAAGCUGGAUGCCGAGGUGUCCAAGUGGGACGACAGCGGCAACGACAUCAUCGUGCUGGCCAAGCAGAUGUGCAUGAUCAUGAUGGAGAUGACUGACUUCACCAGGGGCAAAGGACCACUGAAGAACACGUCUGAUGUGAUCAGUGCCGCAAAGAAGAUCGCAGAGGCUGGAUCCAGAAUGGACAAACUGGGCCGUACCAUUGCUGACCAGUGCCCGGACUCCGCCUGCAAGCAGGACCUGCUGGCCUACCUGCAGCGUAUCGCCCUGUACUGCCACCAGCUCAACAUCUGCAGCAAGGUCAAGGCUGAGGUGCAGAACCUGGGAGGGGAGCUGGUCGUGUCUGGGGUUGACAGCGCCAUGUCCUUGAUCCAAGCCGCGAAGAACCUGAUGAACACGGUGGUGUCGACGGUGAAGGCCUCCUACGUGGCCUCCACCAAGUACCAGAAGUCCAUGGGCAUGCAGUCCCUCAACAUGCCCGCCAUCUCCUGGAAGAUGAAGGCCCCCGAGAAGAAGCCACUGGUCAAGCGCGAGAAGCACGACGACGGCCAGACCAACAAGGUCAAGAGGUCAUCCCAGAAGAAGCACGUCAAUCCCGUGCAAGCCCUGAGCGAGUUCAAAGCCAUGGACAGCAUCUAAGUCCCUGUCUGUCUCUCUCUCUCCCUCCUUCCCCUGGCCCCACAUCACCAACCCUUCCUCCCCAACUCUGUCCGUUGAGAAACGGCUAACUGGAAUUAAAUAUGCAUAGAAAAUGUUUUUUUUUGUUUUGAAAUUUAAAUGAAGCCUUUCUGGCUGUCAGAAAGCGUUUCCAAACAUCCCCCUCCCUCGGUAGGCAAUCUGUCCGUUUGAUUUACUGUUCAGUGCAACUUAUGUCCUACCCCCCCCCCCCCCCCUUCUUCAAAUGGCUGCACAAUCUGCAGUCUUCAUUCAAAAAUCUCUUUUGACCAUCCUGCAUAGAGAGGUUUAGAAUUAAUAGAGGAAGUGCAUUGAGAUCUGAAGUCAGGUUUUUUUUCUUCUUGUUUAUUCUCCCUGUGGAGGGGCUCAUUAUCUAAAUGUUUAAAUUAAGAGCACAUUAUUAGUUUGGGUUUUUAGUAGCUACUUUCACAUUUAUUUUCUUCGGUUUGCUUGUGUAUUUCACAUUUUAACUGUUUUAACGUGGGAGGAUUUUUGGGGUCAUGGGCCAUUGUCUGUUGUAAUUUGCACAACAGUUAAUUUGGAACACUUGCAAGCUCUGAAAUGCCUUAUUUACUUUCACAUAAUGAUUCUAGUCCCUUUUGGAGAAUGGUUAUGUAGAACUUUUGUAGCCCAAAGCCCAUUUUUCUAAAAGUAUAUUUUGUACCUAUAACAAACUUUUUAGCUGGUAGUUAUUUUUCUUGGAUAUGCAAACGGUGUACCAGCAACGCUGCAUUGCUUUUCUGGAAGAUUACAAAGUUUUAAUUGAUUUUUAUUAUUCAUUUAAUUUCUGUCAGUUUCUUUCCUUCCAGGCCUUUAACAUUUAACACUAAGUAAUGUUCAUAGUUUGCAGUUGUGUAGUUGUGUUGAGCAAAUUGAUUUGAUGCUCAUUUUUUUCUUCAGUCAGACCAUUUUAAGACGGUAAUUAACAUGAAAUGGCUGACUUUUGUCUUUACACGGCUCAAUAACCCAUACACACACCUGUUGCCGUGUCUUUUUUUAUGCUGUGAGGGAUCAAGUUGAAACAGUUGGGAGAAUGCCUUAAAAUGAUCCACUCUUCACAAAGCUGAGGAUCCUUGUAGGUCCACUGAUUACUCUUCCCAAAGGAGAGAUCCUUACAGAUCCCCUCUGAUCACGAUUCCCAUAGGAGAGGUUCCUUAAAGGUCCACUCUGAUUACUAUUCCCAAAGGAGGAUCCUCGCAGAUCCCAAUCUGAACACUAUUCCCAAAGGAGUGGAUCAUUACAGAUCCCCUCUGAUCACCAUUCCCUUGCAGAGGGUCUUUAAAUGAUCCCCCAAGGUCAGGGAGGAUCCUGUAAUGAUGAUCUCCGCCCAUAUGGUCCCCACAGGCUUCCGCUCAGGUGGGCAGAGCUAAUUACACCAUCAACAUUUCCGCACACUGCCAUGAUGUGGUUUGAUGGUGACAAUCCAGCUUGGUGACUUAUUUUAUUUUUAAAAAGAAUCACACCUAGCAAGCCAUUGGGCUAUCUCGAAGCACACGUGUGCUUUUUGUAUUUAUUCUUCAAUUGAAAUCUCAGCAUUAGAGAAGUAAUCUCAUUGUCUUGGGCUCGUGUUGGGUGGGGGGCAGGUGGGGGGCAGGGUGCUUGUGUGGUUGAAGUGCAGUGGGUUUUCCAAGUGUGUUGUGUUUUUUUUCCCCCUGGAAAUAGAAUGUUGCUUUGUGCAGAAACUGAGUUAUUGAGGAAGUUUGACGGCCUUUGACCGUUUCCAAGAGCAGAGUAAACCGGAAGUACUGUGGACCGAGUCAGGGAGUCGUGCGUGAGUUAAAUGUGCAGACGGACGUUAAUGCCACCUCUAGCCCCGUCUGAAACGCACUGGCUCCUUUUAUGACCAAAAACGGUGAUCCUGUGGGUGAUCGCAAAGUUCCUGACAGAAGUGGCCAAGGAAAUCCCCCCCCCCAACCAUGUAGUUUUGUCUUUGGUGCACAUUAUAGUGCGUUUUGGAAAUGGGUUGCGCACCUCAUUUUUAUGUCUCCUUCCCCUUUAAGCGAGAUCUGGAACAACAGUGUACUUUGUAGGGAAAUGUUUUGUGAGAUUCUGGUUUUUUUUUUGUUUUUGUUUUUUACUUUUUUUUUUGUUUUUUUUCUGCACACUCUUAUGCCUCAGUUUUAUGUAUUAAAUGAAUAAAUCAAAAUGAAUAAA